GAAAAACAUGAAAAAUCAUGAAAAUGAAAAAAAUAAUGCAUACAACUUAAAUUUAAAAUGAAUGUGGUACAUUUUACUUUGUAACUGAUAACUUUUUAAAGGUUUUCUCAGCAAAAUAUAAAAAAGGAAAACACCACAGGGAAAAGAUAAAACACAAGCCCAUGUGAAAUGGCCAUUAAGAGAAAGUUAUCUGCUCUCUCUCUUUCUCUGCUUGAGUGUGAAGAUGGGCUGGUACUUGCUGUGAUGUCACCCCACUCCUGUGAGAACAUCCUUUCCACCCGCAGCGUGCCUCGCCAGCUCCUCUUCAAAGAGAAACAGAAGCAGGCAGCGUUACGCAGGGCGAUGUGACAACCGAGAAGCGACUUUGUUUUCACUUUUUUUUUUAACUUUAUGUUCGGGAUCAGGUGGGGGUGCCAGAACUAUGUCAACGUACUCUAAUGCAAAAAAUAAAUUUUUAGGAAAUCAGUGUUUGCAGCUUUGGGAUCUCCUUGGUCCUGAUCAGGAGCGUUGCGCACAGCGGAGCACCGAUCUGUAGCGACGCAGCAAAGCGCGCCCAGCCUCUGUUGAUUUAAGAGACGGGAAACAUACCAAAAAUGACCCGAAAGAACAGUUUUCAGCCAGGAUGGAUUUGAUGGAUUUAAAUGUAUUGCUGGAAAACGUUUCCAGGGAUGACAACACCACCGACGCACCGCUCUCAAUGCCAUACACGGAGGCAGCCACGGUGCUCAUCACACUUGUGGUUAUUGUUAUGAUUUCGGUGACUAUUGUGGGCAAUGUAUUAGUUAUUGUUGCGGUUCUGACCAGCAGGGCACUGCGUGCGCCACAGAACCUUUUCCUAGUCUCCUUGGCGUCGGCGGACAUCCUGGUUGCCACCCUGGUCAUCCCGUUCUCCUUAGUCAAUGAGGUGAUGGGUUACUGGUACUUUGGAAGUACUUGGUGCGCCUUCUAUCUGGCUCUGGAUGUCUUGUUCUGCACAUCAUCCAUUGUGCACCUGUGCGCCAUCAGCCUGGACCGCUACUGGUCGGUGACAAAGGCUGUGAGCUACAACCUGAAGCGAACGCCAAAGCGCAUCAAGUCCAUGAUCACUGUGGUGUGGGUAAUAUCUGCCAUCAUCUCCUUUCCCCCUCUUCUUAUGACCAAACACGACGAGUGGGAGUGCGAGCUGAACGAUGAGACCUGGUACAUCCUCUCCUCCUGCCUGGUGUCCUUCUUCGCUCCGGGUCUCAUCAUGAUUUUGGUUUACUGUAAGAUCUACAAAGUGGCCAAGCAGCGCUCCUCCACCGUGUUCGUGGCCAAGAACGGCCUGGAGAGACAGCCUUCCCAGUCAGAGACGUGCUUCGUCAGGAAGGACAGGUUCGAGGUGGAGAGUCCCAGCAGCCAGAGCUCCGGCAGCCACCAGCAAAAGCAGGGGGAGCUGGAUGACAUCGACCUGGAAGAGAGCUGUUGCUCCUCGGAUACUAAGCCCCGCCACCACCGCUUCACAAAGCGCAGGAAGGUGGAGGGGUCGGACUGCUGCCCGCCACAGAGCUGCCGCCUCUCAUGGGCUUCGGCCCGCGCGUCACAGCCAUACCCGGAGCAGAAGAACCCCGCCGAGCGACAGCAGCUGGCCGCGGCCAACAAGACCAAAGUGGCUCAAAUGCGGGAGAAGCGUUUUACCUUCGUGCUGGCGGUGGUGAUGGGGGUGUUUGUGCUCUGCUGGUUCCCCUUUUUCUUCACCUACAGCCUCCAUGCGAUCUGCAGAAACAGCUGCCCCAUCCCCGACGCACUUUUCAAACUUUUCUUUUGGAUUGGCUACUGCAACAGCUCGGUGAACCCCAUUAUUUACACAAUUUUUAACAGAGACUUCAGAAAAGCCUUCAAGAAAAUUAUAUGCAGAACUUCAAAGCGCACAUGAAGGGGGUACUUUUAUGUUUUGCUUCAGUCUCUUAUUAAUAUCAUAUUUGGAAAUGUGAAGAGAUGCACCAAUCAGGCUUUUCCUGACCAAAACCGAUUUCUGUUGUUUUUUUAGGUUCAACCUGCCAUUUCCAAUUUUUUUUCCCCAAGACAAAGAACACAAGCUCUUAGAUAGCUGCAUGUAGCAGUUUCCAACAGAAAUGAAAAUUGUAUAGAGAUGCACUGAUGGGUCUUUUCCUGGCUAACAUUCAUUUCCCAUUUUCUUUGAGGUCUUCCUUCCAAUUCCAAUUUGAUUUUACACAUAAAAAAACCCAUUAUACUAUAAAAUAUUCUUAAAAUUAUUAAUAGUGUUACUUUCAUUUUAAAUGUAAACAUGAUUCUCAUUUAUGGAUCAAAACACAUGCACACAUUCUUGAAGUUUUCUGUUUUCAAGAUAGACCUUUAAACAAAUCACAUGCAGAGCUCCAAAGCACAUGAGGUUGCAUAUGUUUUAAUGUUGUGCCUCAGUGAGUUACUAGUAUGACAUUUGGAAAUGUGUAAAGAUGCAUUAGUCAGGCUUUUCAAGGAUAAAAUGUGCUGCACAGUUUUUUGAAAUACGUUGUAGUGUCAAAUACAACAGAAAAUUAAGGAAUUAUACCAUUAUUCCUCUAUAUUAACUGAAACAUGUCUCCCUAACAUUUAUCUGAUUAAUAUUAUUUCCCUUUAAAAGGAAUCAAAGUUAAUACUGUUCUGAUUGAUGUUUUUAAUGGAUAAACAUUGUGGGAUUACUUAGUUUAGAUUUUUUUAAUGGAUUGGUGGGAAGAAAACCAAAUUGUUAGUGUCUGACUUGCCGAUCACCAAUGAAGCUUUUCCUGUCAGACAUCAAUUUCAGAUUUUCAUUGGGGUCUAAUUUGCCGAUUCCGGCUUUUACCAGUUUCAUUUUUAAGUAAGUGCUGAAAAUUCUUAGAUAAAGGAAGAGCUCAUUUACUCAUUAAAAUGAAAUUAGGAAAUUAUGCGUUUUUCUUGGCCAAUAGUGAUUUUCGAUUUUCUUCAAGGUCUAAUGAUUCUAAUGGUAAAAUGUUUUUUCCCUUUUUUAAGGGCUACAACAGAAAAAAACUGUUACCUGAAACGGUUCCAUGAAAUGAUAUCUUACUAACUGUUUUACAGAAAUAGAUUUAGCUUUUUUCAAAUAAUAAUUCUAAUUAAAAAGCAGUUAAUAAUUGUUAACAAGUUUUGAAUAUUUAUUUUUAGCCAAUCAACUUACCAUCUGUCUGGUAUUGUUCUGUAAAUACCAGCCUAAUAUGGCAUGGUAUUAUAGAACAAUAGGUGAAAGUAAGAGUGAUUUGAUCACUAGCAUUCUGUAACAGCAAGUCUUGCACACAUAAAUGGAUUAAGCACACUACAACCUCUCUCCAGAAUAUUAGAUUUUAUUUACAGAAUAGUCCAACUCCAAGUUAAAAUAUUUCAAUCAACAAACUCUCUUCAACAAACUAGGCUCAUGACACUCAACUAAAACUACUAAGCAAACAUGUAGAGAAUAAGGAAAUCUAAUAAAUUAAAAAUAAAGAAAACAAGAGAAUAAACUGAAAACAAUAAAAUUAUGUAAUAAUGUCACAGUUCAGCGUGGAUAAUUAUGUUUAAGAACCAAGGUUUAUUUUGAGAAAUUUGGAAUGAGGUCAAACUAGUUUUAAGGCUAAUUAAGAAUUAACAAUAGUUCAAUGUUCAUACAACCAGUUCCCAAUGCAAAUCAGAAGGUUAAAUAAAACAUUAUUGAAAUUAAACUAAUGAUUAAUAAUACUUUUUCAAAAAAUAACCAUUUACUGAAAUAGAAUCAAUAACGUUUGGACAAUUGAUUCCUAAUGUUGUCUCAAACAGACAACAUUAUUUUAAUAAAAUAUUAUAAAAAAAUAUAUAAUUUGCCAAAUUAGAAAUCAAUAACUAUUUGGACAAUUGAUUUUUAAAAUUGUUAACUAGCCACCACUGUAGAUGAUUUUUGAAUGGAGUAAUGGACUACUGACAAGGUGGCAAACAAAUGGAUAUUGACGUGAUGACGUCACAUCCAGGUGGACGGUUUUAGCUAACAAGAAAAAGCAUAUAGCUUAUUUAGCAACUCCUUUAAGUUGCACAUGUAAGUUUGACUAGCAUUAAUAUCAAUAUUAAUUUGCAUAUUAGCUGGCAGCUUGCAAGGGCUGAUCGUAGCAUGAACAAAAUGAGCUCUGUUGUAAGUAAUGUUCACUACCGUUUAGAAAUAGCAGAGCUAUUACCUUUUAGCAGCUAAUUGAGACAUGAGUUAACAUGUUUUUCACGAUUAUUUGGACAUAAUUUAAUAGGUUAUUUAGAGAUGAUGAAGGAAAAACACAGAUAAAAUGGAGCAAACUCACAUUACCAGACUAUUAGUGUUUAAACCAUUCAUUAAAAUAAAAUUUGCCUCAACUUGAAAAACACUCCCCAAACAAACUUGUACCACUAGGCUCAAUUGCCUUUAGCAUUAACUUAGUAGGUAGUCUGCUAACACUCAAAUAGUUCAGGAUCACAAACAAGCUAAACACAAUGAAAUAAACAAUAUUUAAAUUGUUUUAUGCUACAAUAAUUUUCUCUGCCUCGUUACAACCUUUCGUGUGAACAGUUCUGGGGAACAGGAGGAUAGGACGUCCUAAAGGCGAGGAGUUACUUGGGAGCAUCUGCUCCUUGGACUCACAAGCUGCCAGUGUGUGGUGCAGGAAUUAAUGUAUUUUGCUUGGACUGCAUGUGUUAAGCAUGUAGAGCUACGGUUUUGACACCGUCUUUAGACAAUGGGGAAAACCGCUUUGAUUAAAGACACUGUCUUUUCUUUGGAAAUAUCUGGCUCACAUUCGUUUUCAGCGGAAGCUCAGAAAGAAAAGUCAAGGCGACUAUAAUUAGCGACUAUAAUUAUUUUGGCUUGUUUACAAUGAGCGCAUACACAAACAUCAGACCAUAACUAACUUUGGAUCCUGGGUGCAGUCCUUCACUUGGCCAGCGAGAUUACGACAUUCAUAUGCUCACGCACGUCUCCCGUAUGCCAACAGUUGAUGGUUGUGGGUAAAGAGGACAAAUAGUGCUGCUAACCAGAGUUUUGUACAAUGAGGUCAUAGGGAUUCCAGCUGUGACCCUUUCUUCCUGUCAUGAAUGUAGGUUUUUGCUGUACAUUCAUAGUUUUACCAGUCUCUUUGUGUAGUUGUGUUAUUCUCCAUUCAUGGCCGGGCCCAACAUAACAUUUAUGAGAUUUUUAUUUUUCUCUAAAAUAAUAUAUCAAAGCUCAUGGUGCUGUGAUGGAUUAUAGACCAAAAUGAUGUGAAUUCUUGAUUGGAAAAUUUGGGGAAAAAAAUCCCAAAUUUUAAUUAUCUGACCUGCUGAUCAGCUAUUAAGCUUUUCAUGCCCAAUACCAAUUUCCUCUGGCUUGCAAAAGAAGAAAGAGCUGCAAGCUGUUAGACAGAGGUAGAGCUCCCUCACCCAUUAGUAUGAGAUUUGGAAAUGCCACUAAUGUACAGGUAAAUCUUUUCCUGGCAGACGCCAAUUUCUUUGAGGUGUGACUUGACAAUUACAAAUUUGGCUGAUUAAAGUUUUUGGUUUGUUUUUGUCGAAGGACCUUUCCACAUAAAAUUAUGAAAUGUGCUUCAAGUUCUUUGAUAUAGAUAGUAGUUUGAAAUCCAACAGAAGGAAUUACAAGCGUAUUCACACCCAUGCAUGAAAGCAUAUCUCCCCUACAUUUGUCAAAUGUUUUUAAACUUGACAAAAGUGCAUCAAAUUAUAUACUAUUGGUUGAUGUGUUCACAGACGGAAUGUGGUGGAAGCUUCUAGUUCUGACGCAUUUAAUAGAAAAGAAAAACUUGUAAUUUGAGCUGCUGAUCACCAAUCAGAGCCUAUCAAAGGGAAACUGGCUAAUUGAUUGGUGUAUCUCUAAAAAUGUGUUACCAUAACUCAUUGGCCCAGUGUACUGCUGCUUCAUCAUUUUAUUGUAUUAUACUGAAAAAUGUAUAUACAUUUAACUGUCUAUGAAUAAAAGUUAUUUGUUGAAGCAUA